AUGGAGAAGCAACGACAGGAAGCAAUAGAAGGCUGCCCCUCCAGACUACCGGCCGUCAAGUAUCUGAGAAUAGGGAGAAGGAAAAACCAAAAGAAGGCAGCUAUAGAAGGCGGCCACAUUACACCUACUCUUCCGUUUGACAUCAUAUACAAUAUACUCUCAAGACUACCUGUAAAGUCUGUGUUGCGAUUCAGGUCUGUGUUGCGAUUCAGAAAACCUGUAUUUUUUACUGAAGAAAUACCGAAAGUUGAAACCCUCGGUUCUUGUAAUGGUUUAGUACUAUUGGAUCCGUGUGACUAUGGCAAAACGUGUAUAUUGUGGAAUCCAUCCACUAGAGCAUACAAACAGUUAUCAUCUCCUAUUGAUUAUAUAUUUGGUGGACUAUGUUAUGAUUCUUCCAUUGAUGAUUACAAGGUGGUUCUCAUCCGUAAACCUUAUCCUUACAAUGGAGUAACUCUUUAUGUUGUUUACUAUUUUAAGAAAAAAGCUUGGACACAGGUUAGAGGGUUCUCUUCUUUUCCUGAUUUAGGUCGAAAUAGUAUUAAUGUGAGCGGCGUGUUUCACUUACAAGUCAUGUCCUCUGUCGACAUGACCUCUGCCAGUUUCUACACAGAAACAGGUGCAAUUUUUUUCUUCGAUGCAGUGAAUGACAAGUUCAAGGAAGUGUCACUACCAAUUUGUAUAGAAAGGGAUAGACGUUGUAUUAGUUUGAUGGAUGUGAAAGGAUGCCUUGGUUUAUUUUAUAGACGCCGUGUUUAUGGAGAACACCAAUGGCGAUGCGGUGAGGUAUGGGUGAUGAUGGAACAUGGUGAGAUGAAUUCCUGGACUCAGUUGAGGAUUAAUUGCCCAUAUCUAAAUUUUUGGUCCACCGCACAUUUUUGUGUUACGGAGAAAGGUCAAAUUGUGAUGAUGGUUGAUGAAGAACAUAAAGAAUUGGCGGGCUGUUAUCCUAAUGAAGACACCCACUCGUAUAUAUAUCCGGAAUUUGGAAGAGAGCUUUGGAUAGAUAACACCAAUGCAGUUUCAUUGGUGGAUAGUUUACUUUUACCACCCUCUUGA